AUGGCACCAUAUGAGGCUCUCUAUGGCCAGAAAUGUCAGUCACCGAUUUGUUGGGUUGAGGUUAGAGAUAAACCAUUAUUAGGACCUGAACUUGUGAAGGAAACUACUGAGAAAGUGAAAUUGAUCCAACAACGGUUGAAAAUAACACAGAGUCGACAGAAGAGCUAUGCGGAUGUACGUAGAUGGGAGAGAGAAUAUAAGGUGGGCAAUCAUGUUUUUAUCAAGGUUACGCCAAUGAAGGGACACACUCGUUUUGGAGCCAAAGGUAAGUUAGCACCUCAGUACAUCGGACCAUAUGAGGUCAUUGAAAAACUUAAUCCGGUAGCAUAUCGGGUAGCCCUACCUCUGGAUAUGGAGCACAUGCAUAAUGUUUUCCAUGUUUCCAUGUUGAAAGAAUCACUUCUAGACCCUCAACAAGUUAUUGAACCUACUCAGAUACUUGUGAGUGAUGACUAUACAUAUGAAGAACGACCCAUUCGAAUUGUUAGCCGGUGUAUCAAGAAGUUGAGGAAUAAGAAAAUCCCGUUGGUAAAGAUAGACUGGCAAAACCACAGUGGCUUGUAUGCAACUUGGGAAAGAGAAGCAGACAUGCAAGAGAAAUACCCCGAACUUUUUCCAUUAGACCCCACAAUUUUCACAGAAAAAGGUAAUUGA